AGACUAGACAGCGUCCUGUUUUGAUUUGGCAUUUGGAUGCGAAGCGGUUGAUGUGAAAGCGAGCGAUGUUUGGUUAAAAAACUUGCAGAAAUAGGAGGAUUGGAAGAAGAAUUCUGUCAUUUUUUUACCAACUCAGAAUUGAUCAUGAAGAUUGCGGCCGAUUUCCCCGAGGGUGUGGAGCGAUAUGAUCAGCAUGGCUUCGCCGUCUUCAACGACAAAACGUUCUGUGAAUCGGAAAGACACCAUCCCACUGAAAUAAAAAACAAGAGUAGUCCGGCUCACAUGGAAGCGUGGAAGGCCGUGCUGACGGACUGGUCUCGGACCCAGACCAAUGGCUGCAGCAAACUCAGGUCCCUGCUCAGGAAAGGCGUACCACCGUCGCUACGGCAACAGCUGUGGCAGAAUCUGUUGGGAUGCCAACACCUCAAACAGACGUCAAAGUUCAACUAUAAGACAAGUGUGCGGCUGAUUCGCAGGGAGCUAGUGGACAUCGGGAUCAGCGAGUAUUGCCUCAGGCCCAACCAGGUCGACUGGAACGUCACGGCAGAGUCUGAAAUCAGCUUUCCCGUACCGCCGCAAGUCAUCCGACAAAUUACCGUAGACGUGGAUCGUACCUUCCCAACUCAUCGUCAGUUCAUGGAGGGAUCGCAUGAAGCAAAGGAAGGCCGGGCAUCUCUGUUCCGCCUACUAGCCGUCUACGCCUUGUACAACCCGCAAGUCGGCUACUGUCAGGGAAUGUCCUACAUUGCCGGCAUGCUGCUGAUGCAGAUGACGGACGAGGAGGAGGCAUUCUGGUCAAUGGUGGCGCUCUUCGAGAAACCCAAGUACCUGUCUGGAUACUUCGACCAGUCUUUGCUCAGGAUCCAGCAACAUGCAGCUGUCUUCCAGAAGUUGAUCACCCACAGACUGCCAAAAUUUGCCAAUCAUCUUGCAUCCAUGGAUCUGCACCUCCUAACCUUCGUCACGCCGUGGUUCAUGUGUCUCUACACGUCCUUUCCCUGCUGGGAUACUGUCCUUGCAAUAUGGGACCUCCUUCUUUUGGAUGGUAUCUGUACUAUAUUCCGCGUAGCUUUGGCUGUGCUACGCCUCAGUCAAGAUGAGUUGCUCCAGACUACAGACUUAGCUCGCAUCCUUCCCCGACUCCUGCAUCCCCCACCAGAACUAGUAAAUGCUGAGCAUCUACUGCCAGUCGUUUGGAGAACCACCGUUGAAAAGUGGGAAAUUGAUUCCCUGCAGGCCAUAGUAGCUGAGGAAUCUGAUGAUAAACCAGGAAGGAAAAGGAGACGUCGCAUUGAUUCUGAUGCUGGCAAGGCAGAGGUGGUGGAAAAGCGCCCCCGCAAUGGCGAGACCGAAGAGGAAAAUGAGACCUCAGUGUUUCGGCGAGUCCUGAGCCUGUUCAAAUCCUCCAAUCAGCAGGCCCAGCGCGGGUCAACGACGCGCUCCCAGACAGCCAAGGCGAGGGCAGCAAACAGAGUCACUCAGAGACGCAAGACACCCGGAGUGGCUAAGGCUACAGCUGGUCUGGUACCUCGCCCCUCUAACACCACCGCACUGCAACACUCCAACCCAACAUCAUCUGCAGAACACAAGGCACCAGACUUGAAGAACUUAAAUCUGGCACCCACUCUCCACCAAGGCAGCACAGCGUCAAGAAACACCAAAGCUCCAUCAAUGAAGGGCAAGGACCCAGACUCAAGUCGUAAAACUGUUGCCACCGCAUCUGUUAAGUGGAGCAAAUUCUUCGAGCCAGCCACAGCCUCUUGUACGUCCCCUUGGAAGGAAGGGCUGAAGGCUUUGACUUUCUCACUCCCCGUUCAGCAAGGCAUGAUGAUUUUUGGAGGCGGCAAUAACCAGUACACUUCUGUCGUUUCAGAGGAAUUACCUGACCCCAAGUUGAUGGAGAAACUGCAGGCUGCAUUGGGUGAGGCAGAUGUCAAUAACAACUCGGCCGUAGCUGCACGGACAAAAGACGACCACAAGACGGAAGAUGAAGACGACCGAAUCUCACCGUGCAUUAUCGCUACAGAGGACAGUUGUUUGGAUGGUAUCCUGAAACUCAACUCCUCCAACUUGCCCUCUGUUAAAAGAGACUCUGUCAAAGGUGUUCGCUUCAGCCCCCGCAGAUCAGGCGACAGGGCUACUCUACGAAAGCUGGAGAACAUCAAACCGCUUAACACGCCAAGCGGACGCAGAAUCAUCAGCAAAUCAGCUAAGGUUCAGCAUUCCUUCAAGACGUUCCACACCCCAACACCUCUCAGGAGAUCACAGAUGUCUCGCUUGAAUUCCAGUCCUCAGUUCUCUAGCCCCGAGAUUGAGCUGCAGCCCAUGAAACUCAGAGCUCACAUGAGAAAAUUCACCCAGGAGUAGAG